AUGGAGGAUGAUUCAUUUUGGGAAGAAGUAGUAGCUAAACAGGAAUCCCUGGUCACCCAUAUAAAACCUAUUAAAAAGGAGAACGAUGAUAUGGAUCAAUUAUUAGAUACAGAGACACCUCGGUUUAAAUCUUUAUCUGUGCGUGACGACCCUUCUCCGCCUCCUCCUGUCAGUCUGAAAAGAAAGAGAGUGGGCGAAGAUGUCUUUACAAAGGAUGCCGUCAAACAAUGGCAAGGCUCUCGUAUUAAAGCUUGGGAAAACAGAUACAUGAGUCCCGAAGGUUUUUAUUAUAGAUUUGUUGCCCCCGGUGAAGGUCAGCAGAAUGGCGUUUGGUCAGCUCAAGAGCAAAAGUUAUUCAUGAAUAGAUAUAAAGAAUGGAUCGCGAAUGGUUGGAAAAUCGGUUCUUCUUGGGGUUUAUUCAGUUGUGGUAUUCCUCAUCGUGUGGGGUAUCAAUGUAUGAACUUUUACCGUAAACUAGUUAGUGACGGUACUUUGCAGGAUGAAAGUUAUAUUACAAUAGAUGGAAAGCUAAAGCAAGUGCAUAAAGAACGUCUAUCCGGGAUUAUACCUACCACUGAAUUGGGCCCCGAAUGGAAGGAUGAUGAGGUCAAAGAAGAGGAGAAAAAUAUCGACCGAUGGCUUAAGGAAUUACAUGGUCGUUCGGGACAAACAGCCACUUCAAGACCCAUAGCAGCACCUAAGCCAAAGCCCAUUCAUCGUCCUAGUGUCAAGAGAUCAAAUAUUACAGAUCUUGUGAAAAAGAUGCCUCAAAAACAAUAUAUACCUGGCCUUGAUGAAGAUGAUUUUGUUAUGGAAACUGAGCCUGAUGUGGCUCACAUCCAAGCGAGAGAUUGGGAAGAAGAAUGGACAAAGCGAUUGCAAGGAUACAAGGAGUUCUUAACGUGA